AUGGGGCUUUCAUUUGCGAAGCUAUUCAGCAGGCUAUUUGCGAAGAAGGAGAUGCGUAUCCUUAUGGUUGGUCUUGAUGCUGCUGGUAAGACCACCAUUCUUUACAAGCUCAAGCUUGGUGAGAUCGUUACCACCAUCCCCACCAUUGAUGUUGCCUUUGCGCUGGAAGUUAUAUUUUCUAGAAUAUCAACUCAACAGUUUUAG